AUGGCGGGAGCCGGUGUCCCCCCCGACCCCGCGGCCCCACAGCCCCGGCAAGGCCCCGGAGGGCGGCGGCGGCUGCAGGAUGAUGGCGUGAGGAGCGCGACCUCCGUUGAGCAGACCAAGGUGGAGGACAUUGUGCAGGAGGUGUUUGAUGCCUUCAAGAACAACCACCAUGACGUGCAACUCGUCCUGCACCGGGAGAAGCACUUCCAUUACCUGAAGAGAGGCCUCCGGCAGCUCACUGAAGCCUAUGAGUGUCUGGAUGCCAGCCGUCCCUGGCUCUGCUACUGGAUCCUGCACAGCUUGGAGCUGCUGGAUGAGCCAAUUCCCCAGUCGGUUGCCUCGGAUGUCUGUGAUUUCCUGAGCCGCUGCCAGAGCCCCCAGGGUGGUUUUGGGGGGGGUCCUGGCCAGCACCCCCACCUCGCCCCCACCUACGCUGCCGUCAGUGCGCUCUGCAUCAUCGGCACGGAGCAGGCGUUUGAGGUCAUCAACAGGAAGAAGCUCCUGGAGUAUCUGCAGUCCCUGAAGCAGCCUGAUGGCUCCUUCAUCAUGCACGUUGGCGGUGAGGUGGACGUCAGGAGUGCCUACUGUGCUGCCUCGGUGGCCUCGCUGACCAACAUCCUCGCGCCUACGCUCUUCGCUGGGACGGCCGAGUGGAUCCUGAGGUGCCAGAACUGGGAAGGUGGCAUUGGUGGGGUGCCAGGCAUGGAGGCCCAUGGUGGUUACACUUUCUGUGGCAUGGCAGCCUUGGUCAUCCUCAAGAAGGAACAUCUGCUGAACCUCCAGAGCUUGUUGCGCUGGGUAACCAGCCGCCAGAUGCGCUUUGAGGGUGGCUUCCAAGGUCGCUGCAACAAGCUGGUGGAUGGUUGCUACUCCUUCUGGCAAGCUGGGCUGCUGCCCCUCAUCCACCGUGCCCUCCACGCCCAGGGUGACACAGCACUGAGCAUGUCCAGCUGGAUGUUUGACCGCUCUGCGCUGCAGGAAUACAUCCUCCUGUGCUGCCAGUGCCAGGCCGGGGGGCUGCUGGACAAACCAGGCAAGUCCCGGGAUUUCUACCACACCUGCUACUGCCUGAGCGGAUUGUCCAUCGCCCAGCACUUCGGCAGCGGAGACCUGCACCACGAGCUGGUCCUGGGCGGCCCUGAGAACCGCCUGCAGCCCACGCACCCUGUGUACAACAUCUGCCCGGAGAAGGUGGUUCGAGCUGUGAUGUACUUCCUGCAGCAGCCCCUGCCUGGCCAGGAGCCCUUGGACACUGCUGCUGCUGAAUAA